AUGAGCGUCACGAUCAACGACACGGACAAGAAGAUCUUGCAACUGUUGCGGAAACAUCCGCAGCAUGCAGAGUUUCAGGCUGCUUUGAAAGAGGAAUUUCCUGAUUAUCCUCGUGCCCGUUUGUGCCGAUUGAGGAAACAGGUGGGCCAUAGCGCUGAGUUAGGGCGUCCCACAGCCAAUCAGCAAGACAGAAACGCUGCCAUAGUCUCAGCUUUACGACGAGGACAAAAAAUGAUCGACAUUGCAAACGAAUUAGACCUCAGCGAGGGCAUGAUCAGUCGAAUUGCGCGCUCGAAUUUCGGUGACCUCCGGGAGGAUUCGUUUAAGUACUCUGUUGCGAUCAUGUCUGUCCGACCAGAUGUUCUGGCAAAGAAGACAUGGCCUUUAGUGCAGCGUUAUGGUCUGCAAAGGGUCAGCAUCUUCACCACGGCCGCAAUUGCCCACCGGAUGAGGGUUGAAUUUAUUUACGACCACUACAAGAUCGAUGACAAAGUCGUGAUCCUUUACGAUGAUGUCAAAAGAAUCAGCGAGAUCAUCGACGGUGCUUGGCAAGAAUUGGACAGCUUCGACGGAGUGUGCCGCGAGGCGUUUACUUGCAUGACCAGAAGCAGUUUACACAUUGCUGGUUUGCGUCCGUCCAAGUUCAAGUCCCAUGAAGUAUGCACCGAGCCCUCGCUGUUUUCUUUACAUCUUGUGUACGACCCGGUUCACUUUAUCAUAAACAAAAGACGGUACCGAAGCCCUCAGUUCAUGCUCAAAACCGAUUACGAGAAUUCCGUGAUCAACUUCAAAGCCGACGGGGGAGUGGUCAGGCUGAACAAGUACACAAUGGACGUUGUGUAUAACCACCGCAAUGAUGUGGGCAACAAAGCUGUUGCCGAGAAGCUGGCCCGUAAGUACAAAGACUAUCUUUACGCCAGCGGCACCGAUCUUCGGGUCAGGGCCAGACAUCUCUUGGACCGCCCAAGCAAGCGGCCGCGCUUGUCUUGA